GAUUAAGUUUAUGAAAUGUUCACUUGUAUUAAUCUUACAGAGUGCAAUGAAGGUAAAUUUGGUCUACACUGUAACCAAUCGUGUCGAUUCUGCCUUGACAAAGGACAAUGCCAUUACAUUAAUGGUACUUGUCAGAUCGGAUGUGAUAGUGGUUAUAGAGGAACUGAUUGUAAACAAGCUUGCGGUAACAAUACCUAUGGACAAGGGUGUUCGUUAACAUGCGGAAACUGCCUAUACUUAUAUGGGGAACAGUGUCAUCAUGUGACUGGUCAAUGUCCACGUGGAUGCGACGUUGGUUUUCAGGGUGAACGCUGUGACCGAGUAUUUGAGUCUGCCACCUUGGAUGUUGAGUCUAAAGAAUCAUAUUCCACACUGCUGUAUGUCUUUGUGACGUUUCUAAUCCUUAGUGGGCUGCUCAAUGCGUUUUUUAUAAUCGGAAAACUACGAAACACUAUUUGUAGUCAACAAACAAAAAACGAAAAUCUCGAUUCACAUUUACAUAGAGUUGGUAAGGAUCCACAACAGGCCCAGCCUUCUUCUAAAUCUACAUACCAUCUCAACGUAGAUGAUGACAACACCGCUUAUCAUGAGCUUGGAGAAAUCAUCCAUGAGUCCCAUUACGAUAAACUGUCUUAACAAUAUCAUCAGAAACCCUGAAUAUAAGCGUAUUCAAAAAGCUGUUUUGUUGAUGAAAGACUGAUGUAGUUUGAAAGAUAAAAAAAGAGUUCCAAUACGAUACUUGACAAUAGUAUCUGAAACCAAAAUGUAUGUGCUUACAAUUAUAACAAUAAUUGUGUUGGUGAAAUGAUGAUUAAGUAUUAAACAUAUUUAACAUUCUACACAGUAAGAUCGCUCCAGUUUACGUAUGUUUUGUGUUAUUCAAUGGAUCAACCCAAAAUCAGUUUACAUGUAUAGCUGUUCUUUAAGAUUUACAGAAAUACAUUUUAUAAAUAUAUUCGAAAUAAUAGUUUCACUCGGUAAUUUUUAUAAACAAAAAUUCAAACAAUAUAGACCCAUCCUUUUUGCAACCAGGAUUAAAAAUCAACGCUGAAAAAACUAAAUGCUUUAAUUCAUCUUAAGAUCAUCAUUUUGCGCAUUUUAAGUCAAACAUUUAUAUGUGUUAAUCUUUGUCAUUUACAUAAGUAGGUACUUCUAUUCAAAGUGUGGGGACAAGAUGUUUUGCGAAAUGCACUAGAUUACAAUGACAUUCGACAGAGAAAGUCUCAAUGAUACUACGCACUCAAUUAAAACGCACAUCAUAAUAUUACCUAUAUUAUAAAAUUAACGAUAACCUAUAUUUAGAAUUGUUCACCAGUUACGGGGUAAUAUUGUCAUUUUAAUGUCAUUGAUAUUUAUCAUGUUAUGUAAAUAAAUCCAAUUAUUUAGA